AUGAGGAUCCGUGUAACCCCUCUUAAGGCGCCUCUGCCUCUGUGUCACUAUGUCUCCCUCUCUGUCACCCACGUAACCGGCUCUCUGUCCCCCCGGUGUGUCGCCGUGUCCCAUGUGCGUCCUCUUAGGUGCACGGUGGCUAUCGUUACUUGGCCAAAUGGUCGUAUUGGUGAUGCCUCCAGGGGUAUAUAUACGACGAGCGCUGCGGGGCUUGAUAAACACUUGCCCAUCAGCGAUUACUGCUGCAGCAUGUACACGUCACUGAUAACCGUGAUCGCGCUUGCAGGCUGCGUGGCAGCCGCCCCCGCGGAGGAGGUGAUACCGAUCGUGGCCCAAAGCCAGGAGGGCCCGAACCCAGACGGCUCGUACAAGUGGAGCUACGAAUCCGGAAACGGGAUCAAGGCGCAAGAGGAGGGCCACUUGGAGAACGCUGGCCAAGAGAACGAGGCGAUGAACGCGCAGGGAAGCUUUAGUUAUCCCAGUGACGACGGCCAACAAAUCUCGUUGACGUACAUAGCGAACGAGGAAGGUUUCCAACCGCAGGGCGCUCACUUACCGACCACGCCGGAAAUACCGCCCCUUAUCCAGAAAGCGCUCGAUUGGAUAGCUGCACAUCCGAGUAAAGAGGACCAGAAUCAGGUAUAAAGGAUAGUACGUGCGUCGUCAGUGAUCUCAGCGAGUCUGCAAUUCGAUCCAAUCCCUUUUGUACUACGGAUUAAAUUUUUUCNUUUUUUUUUUUUUUUUUUUUUUUUUUUUUUUUUUUUUUUUUUUUUUUUUUUUUUUUUAACGAUGAAUCGCCCUCCGUCGUCGUCACCUCUUGCCGCCCGUUCUUCAAGCUCUAACGAAAUGCGUAUAUCACUCUCUAAUGGUUCAAUAUGUUUGUAAAUAAUUUAUUGUAUACUUUUUACGGACUCAUAUAUUGUAUACAUUUAUGCAUUGUAUAUUGAUAUAUUUUAUGUCAUUAUUUUAUAUAUAUAUAAUAAAAUAUAUAUAUAUGUAUCGUGUAUAUUGCGUGUAUUGUAACGCGUCUAAACGCGACCACGUAGAAUCACGGGUAACGAGCAUGUAGAUAAUCGUUCCCGGACAUUACGAUGCAUUACGGAAUAAAUGUUGCAAUUCAAGUGAUAA